AUGGGCAGUGCCAUCUGCUCCCCCUUGGUAGAAGUCUGGGAUGUGACCAGCAAGCUGACGGUGGCCUCUGAUUCCUUGGAACUCUCCAGUUUUUCCAAGGCCCAACCUCGCUGUCGCCACCCCAGCUCCGAGGGGUUGCCCAUUUCUUCAUUCUCAGAUGGCUGCGAAGAAGAAGAAGAGGUCCCAACUGUGACUGCAUCUCCUCUGGAUGCUGCAUCCACUACAACAGUGGCGAAGGUCAACAUGACAGCCCAGGACACAAGGGAGUAA